AUGGAUGAAAAGAAUUCGGCAAGGUUUCCGAUUGUUAAACCACAGAUAAGUGAAACUGAUCCAAAGUUUCCAUAUCGAGAUAACCGUCAUUAUACGGACCCAACUGCAAAUUUCCCAAAAAAAUCAAAGCAAGUUGGUUACACAGCGAAAUUGACGUUACAAAAAUCAACAAACAACGCUGUGUCUAUGUGCCAUUCUCCAGAACUUCCUACAAGUCAUCCUUGGUUUGAACCAGCUCCAUAA